AUGGAGAGCAGCAAGUGGAGUGCGAAGAACUUGAGUGACCCUAUCAAGACUGUUGAGGACAAAUGGCUCCUCCUUCCUGCUUUCCUCAAAGUCAAAGGACUAGUGAAGCAGCACGUAGACUCGUUCAACUACUUUGUCGACGUAGAUCUGCAGCAGAUUUUGCGCGCAAACAACCUCGUCACGUCCGAUGUCGAUCCUCGCUUCUACAUCAAAUACACGCAUAUAGCUGUCGGGCCUCCUGAACGCGCAGAUCCAGACCAGGGGGAGAGCCCGGAGCGAUUCAGCGUGACGCCACACGAAUGUCGACUGAGGGACACGACCUACUCUGGUCGGAUCACAGUCAACGUGGAGUACAUCCGGGGGAACAAGAAAAUCAUCCGUCGCGGGAUCGAGAUUGGCCGAUUGCCUAUCAUGCUCCGGAGCAACAAGUGCGUUCUUACAGGGAAGAGCGAGGCAGAGCUUGCACGAAUGCAGGAGUGCCCCCUCGAUCCCGGUGGAUACUUUGUCGUCAAAGGGACGGAAAAGGUGAUCCUCGUCCAAGAGCAGCUGAGCAAGAAUAGGAUCAUCGUAGAGACUGAUCCGAGCAAGGGGGUCGUAAUGGCCAGCGUCACAUCAUCGACUCAUGAACGCAAAUCCAAGACGUACGUCCUAACGAAAAAGAACAAAAUCUACCUUAAACACAACUCCGUCACGGAAGACAUCCCCAUCUGUAUCGUGCUCAAAGCCGUCGGUGUCCAAUCUGACAAAGAGAUCCUCCAGCUCGUCUGUGGGCAUAACGAAGAGUAUCGCGAGUCCUUCGCUGCCAACCUCGAGGAUGCCGCUAGGCUCGGUGUGUUCACCCAGCGGCAAGCACUCGAAUAUAUGGGAUCACGCGUCAAGGUCAACCGUCCCAGGCCGUUCGGAGCGCCUUUGGCGGGAACACAGGGCCCACGCAGACCAGCAUGGGAGGAGGCAAUGGAGGCACUUGCCACCAUCGUCCUUGCUCACGUGGAGAUGGAGGGACUGGACUUUCGGCCAAAGGCCGUCUAUAUCGCCGUUAUGGUCCGGAGAGUGCUGAUGGCAAUGAAGGAUGAGAAGCUUGUGGAUGAUCGGGACUAUGUCGGGAACAAGCGCUUAGAAUUAGCCGGUCAACUCCUCGCCCUCCUGUUCGAAGACCUGUUUAAAAAGUUCAACCAGGAUCUGAAGAUGAACAUCGACAAAGUGCUCAAAAAGCCCUCCAGGACAGAAGAAUACGACGUGAUCAAGGCGCUUACCUUCCACGCCCAAUCAGAGGGUAUCACCCAGGGCUUCAUACGUGCCAUCUCGACUGGCAACUGGAGCCUGAAGCGGUUCAAGAUGGACCGAGCGGGUGUCACCCAUGUCCUCUCGCGGUUGAGUUUCGUCAGCGCAUUGGGAAUGAUGACGAGGAUCACAAGUCAGUUUGAGAAGACAAGGAAGGUUUCCGGGCCGAGAGCGCUCCAGCCUAGUCAGUGGGGCAUGCUAUGUCCUAGCGAUACCCCGGAAGGAGAGGCAUGCGGCCUGGUCAAGAACCUUGCACUCAUGACGCAUAUUACGACCGAUGUUGAGGAGGAGCCAAUCGUCCGAGUUGCGUUUAUGCUUGGUGUUGAAGAUAUCAAUCUUGCCACCGGGCCGGAGAUCCACCACCCGGACACGUUCAUGGUGAAUGUGAACGGGUCCAUCAUCGGACUCACACGCCAACCAGGACGGUUCGUCGUCGCCCUUCGCAAGCUCCGGCGCGCAGGCAGGAUUUCAGAGUUUGUCAGCGUGUACAUCAACCAUCAUCAUAAGACGGUACAUAUCGCUGCGGAUGGAGGCAGGAUCUGCAGACCCAUGAUCAUUGUUGAGAAGGGCAGGCCGAGAGUCACCGAGGACCACAUCAAGUUGCUCAAGAAAGGCCAUGUUACGUUCGAUGACUUCUUACGCAAGGGUCUGGUAGAGUACCUCGACGUAAAUGAGGAAAACGACUCCUAUAUCGCACUCUACGAGCGUGAGAUUCUUCCGACAACAACACAUCUCGAGAUCGAGCCGUUCACUAUCCUCGGCGCUGUGGCCGGUCUGAUUCCGUACCCGCACCACAACCAGUCCCCGCGAAACACUUACCAAUGCGCCAUGGGAAAACAAGCGAUUGGUGCGAUAGGGUACAACCAGUUCCGCAGAAUUGACACGCUGCUUUAUGUGAUGGUCUAUCCGCAGCAGCCAAUGGUCAAGACUCGCACCAUCGAGCUGAUUAACUAUGACAAGUUGCCUGCUGGGCAAAACGCGACUGUGGCCGUGAUGAGUUACUCCGGGUACGAUAUUGAGGAUGCUUCUAUGAUCAAUAGGGCAAGUCUGGACCGUGGAUAUGGCCGCUGUCAGGUGUACAGGAAGAAUGUAACGCUGAUUCGCAAGUACCCGAACGGGACUUUCGAUCGAUUAGCUGAUGCGCCCAUUGAUGAAGUCACUGGAAGACCACCGGACAAAUAUAGCGCUCUGCAAGCAGACGGCAUCGCCGGUGUGGGCGAACAGCUGCGACCAGGCGAUGUCUACAUCAAUAAACAGUCGCCGGCUAAUGCCAACGACAACUCAUUCAAUGCGAACGUCCUCGACUCCACCAGCACCUCCCUCGUGCAGUAUAAAAAUACGCCAAUGACCUACAGAAGCCCUGUUGGUGGCAUUGUUGACAAAGUUAUGCUCACAGAAACGGAGAAUGAUCAGACUUUGGUCAAGGUCCUCAUCCGCCAGACACGGCGACCGGAACUAGGUGACAAGUUCUCUAGUCGACAUGGACAAAAGGGUGUUUGCGGCUUGAUUAUUAAUGAAGAGGACAUGCCUUUCAACGACCAAGGCAUCAAGCCUGAUGUUAUAUUUAAUCCGCAUGGUAUGCCUAGUCGAAUGACUGUGGGCAAGAUGAUUGAACUGCUAGCCGGGAAGGCCGGCGUCCUCAAGGGCAAGCUGCAGUAUGGGACAGCAUUCGGCGGUUCCAAGGUGGAGGACAUGUCCCAGAUCCUAAUCGAGAAAGGGUUCAACUACGCAGGCAAAGAUUACCUUACCAGCGGUUUGACUGGAGAGCCGAUGGAAGCUUAUGUCUACUUUGGUCCGAUCUAUUACCAAAAACUCAAACAUAUGGUUAUGGAUAAAAUGCAUUCCCGGGCCCGAGGACCUCGCGCUGUGUUGACACGCCAGCCAACGGAAGGUCGAUCUCGAGACGGCGGUCUGCGGCUGGGAGAGAUGGAGCGUGACUGUCUUAUUGGCUACGGCGCGACCCAGCUACUGCUUGAACGACUGAUGAUUUCGUCCGAUGCAUUCGAGAUCAACGCGUGUCAGGAGUGCGGCUUAUUGGGUUACAAUGGCUGGUGUCCCCUCUGCAAGAGCUCCAAGCGGGUAGCUAAACUCACUAUCCCAUAUGCGGCGAAGUUGCUCUUCCAGGAGUUGAUGGCUAUGAACGUGGUGCCUAGACUGAUCUUAGAUGACGCAUAG